CUUUAGUAAAACGCCGUUUCUUUCCCCACAGCUUCUUUAACUCUUUUUCCCGUCCUAGCGCAGAGCGAGAGCGAGAGCGACAAAACUGCUCCGAUCCAGCCUCUGCUCCUGGAUAUCUUCAUGGAUCAGGAAACAUUGAUAGAGUUCCUGGGGCAAGUUCCUUUAUUGCAGCGGCUCCCUAGCUCGUCGCUUCGCAAGAUCGCAGACGUCAUCCAAGUUAGGCGUUAUGAACCUGGUGACUAUGUUGUUCGCGAGGGGGAAUGUGGAUUGGGCCUUUACUUUAUCUGGGAUGGUCAGGCUGAGGUUUCUAGAUCUAGUACUUCUGAGGAAGGAAAUCGUUCAGACCUUCAGUUGAAGCAAUAUGAUUACUUUGGUAAUGGUACUGGUGGUUCCAUUAAUCAAGCUAAUGUGGUCGCAUUGUCUAAGCUGAUCUGCUUAGUACUGCCAGAUGGAUAUAGUAAUUUGUUGCAACCAAAAUCAAUUUGGAAUGCCGAGGGUACCCCUAAAGAUUUCUCUCUAGUUGAGCAUAUAUUGCAACUGGAGCCAUUAGAUGUUGAUAUAUUUAGAGGUUUUACGCUGCCAGAUGCUCCAUCAUUUGGACAAGUUUUUGGAGGACAGCUAAUAGGACAGGCACUGGCAGCAGCUUGUAAAACAGUGGAUUGUUUUAAACUUGCACAUAGUUUGCAUGCAGUAUUUAUUGUCUCUGGUGAUAUCAACAUGCCAAUAAUAUAUCAAGUUCAACGUGCACGUGAUGGGAAAAGCUUUGCUACUAGACAAGUUGAGGCAAGACAACGUGGAACCACUAUGUUUACUUUACUUGCUUCAUUUCAGAAGGUAGAGUCAGGAUUUGAACAUCAGGAAGUCCUAAUGCCUUGUGUGCCUGGUCCUGAGACGCUCCUCUCAAUGGAAGAGCUACGAGAAAGGCGAAUUACAGAUCCUCGACUUCCCAUGCACUACCGAAAUACUGUUGCUCUGACAAAGUUUAUUCCAUGGCCUAUAGAAAUCAAAUUUUGCGACACAAGUGACUCGUCAAAACAGUCACAUCCAAGUUUGAAGUAUUGGUUUAAAGCUAGAGGAAAACUUUCAGAUGAUGCAGCGUUGCAUAGAUGUGUUGUAGCAUAUGCAUCGGAUUUAAUUUUUUCUGGUGUCAGUCUAAACCCUCACCGGAGAAGGGGGGUGAAAACAGCAUCAUUAAGUUUGGAUCAUUCUAUCUGGUUCCACAGGCCUGUAAGAGCUGAUGAUUGGCUGCUCUUUGUUAUUGAGAGCCCAUCUGCCAGUGGAGGACGUGGGUUUGUCACUGGUCAUAUGUUUAACCAGAAAGGGGAGCUUAUUGUGUCGUUGACACAAGAAUGUCUAAUUAGAAAGCCUAAUCAGAAAAGCCAAGUCCCUCAUGCAAAGCUCUGAUUUCUUCCUCCAAAUUUACCUGAUCAAGUAGUAUAUUUUUCUGAUUCAAGAUUGCGAAUUGAUGUUAUUUAAAAAAUAAAUAAAAAAAUAAGAAAGCUGGAAUCCUACGUUUUAGUUAUAUGAGACUUGGAGGCAUGCUGCACUUCCUGUGCAUUUUCCAGCAAUCCAAUAACUUCAAGUAUUCUCUAUUGAGGAACCAACUUCUAUGUUUGUUUAUUGGAACGAAGGGAAAUGAAAUUAAGUCCUUAAUUUUAAUUAUUUAUUUGAAACUAGUGAGCAAGAAGAAAUUUAACUUC